AUGGAGGAGUACGCUCGGGAGCCUUGCUCAUGGCGAAUUGGGGAUGAUUGCGGAGGAGCCUUCACUAUGGGAGUCAUCGCUGGUGGAGUCUUCCAGGCCAUCAAGGGCUUCCGCAACGCCCCUGUCGGAAUUCGGCACCGACUGAGAGGUUGUGCCAACGCUGUGAGGAUCCGAGUCCCCCAGAUUGGAAGUAGCUUCGCGGUGUGGGGGGGCCUGUUCUCCACCAUCGACUGCAGCCUGGUGUGCCUGCAGGGCAAAGAAGAUCCCUGGAACUCCAUCACCAGCCGAGCAUUGACUGGGGCUGUGCUGGCGGCCCGCAGUGGCCCAUUGGCCAUGGUGGGCUCAGUAAUGAUGGGGGGUAUUCUCUUGGCCCUCAUAGAGGGUGUUGGCAUCCUCCUUACUCGCUACACUGCCCAGCAGUUCCGCAAUGCACCCCCGUUCCUGGAGGACCCCAGCCAGCUGCCCCCUAAGGAAGGUACCCCAGCCCCAGGCUAUCCCAGCUAUCAGCAGUACCACUGA